GCAGGUUGAGGCUCAGGUAGUGGUGUAAUCUGAGCCUGUACCAUGUGAUCAGCGGUGGGAAUUCAGAAGGAAGACUGCAGCGGAGAAACAGCGAUCAAACCCGCGAUGAGUGAUCAAGUGAUCCGGUGAUCCAUCCCGACAUGACCGUGAGAGUGUAACCGGAUACCCGAGGAAUAAACAACAACAGCAACAACAACAAUAAUAAUAACAAUAAUAAUCCCCGAGAGGAGCGCCGAGUUUCGGAUCGCGGGCGCGCGCUUGGAAAGGUGAAGCGGAAGAGACCUGAAUUCCGGAGAGAGAGAGAGAGAGAGAGAGAGAGAGAGAGAGAGAGAGAGAGACCUGGAUGGAUCUCCGAGUCUGAACCUUCCGAAAGGCCUGAGUGUGUGAUCCAGUGGGGAGAAAAAGGGAAAAAGUUACGUGGAGAUAACAGGCGUAGUCGCUGUGGUGAUAUUCAGCAAAUCCGCAAUGGUUUUUCCUCAGUGCUGUCCUGAGGCUCGGAGGGUGUGCGUCUGAGGGUCGGGGGUCUCAGAAGGUCACGCUGGAGAUCAUCAUGCUGCAGACGGAUGCGCUUCGCCUUCUUCUUCGAAACGAGAACGCCACCAUGCCGGCCAACACCACUGACACUCCAACCCCUGCGCCUCAGGCAUCCAAGAUCGUGGAGAUCGUCGUGCCAAUAGUGGUCAUACUGGCGGUCAUAUUGACAGUCAUCCUGGUCUUGCUGUUUUGCGUGGUGAGAAAGAAAAGGCAGACGGAGGGGACGUACCACCCGAGCGCCGAGGAGCAGACUGGCGCACGUAGCGUCGAGGCACCCAACACCCUCAAACUACCCAAAGAGGAAAGAUUGAUCUAAUAGCGCUGAGUGCUGGCAGAACGUGGAAUUGCAUUCACUGAACUGUUCAAGAAACCAGUCUGAUUUCUUUCAAACAAAUUACAGUAGUAAAUAGGUGUGUGUUUGUGUGUGUGUGUGAAAGCUGAGACACCUGAAGAACGUUACAGAUGAUGAAUUGUCUAGGCUAAUCAUGAGGAACUCGAAACACACACCCUUCACUCUGUUGAAAGAGCCACACCUGCUUCAUACACUAUAGGAAAUACAAAUUCACCCCUGGUUCAUUGGUUCAUGAACUUUAAGGUCCAGGAUCUGAUCUUCCCAAGAGGUUGGAGUGGGUGGACAGGGGUGUUAAAAACUUAUAGAGAGCUUGGACAUCUGUCUCUCUUUGUCUUUUCUCUUUAUUUCUCACGAAGUCUUUCCUCUCCGUGCUGCUGUAUACAGUAAUUCAGACAAUUUUUUUUUUUUAAUAGUUUUUUUUUAGCUAAAUUAAAACUCGAACCGCGAAAAGGAUUAUUUACCUCGCAUUUCAAAAUCACGUCGCAAAUGUU